CCGCGCUGCCAGCUCCGGCUCGACCCCGUCCACGCCGGGAACCCCCCUCCUCCGUCGACCUCUUCCCCGUCCGACCUCAUCCCCUGCCGGCCUCGUUCCAAGGCAGAGUUCAUCUGCUUGAUUUCGUAGAUGGAGAUGCGGAUGGGUUCUGCUCAGACAGAUGGUCACUUCCCAGUACAGCACAGGUCCCUCUCCUUGGAUAUCAAGGGCAACAAGACUGACAUUGUUAUCACCAAAUAUGAAGAUAACUAUCUGGUGAUUGUGACACAAAUUGGAUGCAUGGGGACCAUAUUAACUGCAAAGAAAGAUGAAAGUGUUUUCUCUGAUCCAACCUACAAUGUAUCUGUUCUUUUUGGAAAGAGAGAUGAGCCGCUCCUGCUAGCUUGUGCACGUCAACUUAUUGAGCAUAUAAGUAACAGUGGCUCAGCUCGACCUUUGGUGAUCUCGCUUGGUUUGAAGGAUCAUUCCCAGGGAACGCUGAAAGAUGUAAUUUGUGCCAUAAUUGAGAACCGUCUAUGGUGAUAACUUAGCUAAUGCUGAGAGGCACAUACAUGUUCAGUUCAUCUACAGAGAUGUUGACAGAAUAUACACAGUAUCGGAGCAAAAUAAGCCCUCCCUUAUCAUGUAUGGACCUCUAAGCUUUUUGAAUUAGAAUUAAUUCCCAGUGCAAUUAUCACAACGUUCUUCCUGCUAAGUUGCUCAAUGAUCAAUAUUCGCGUAGCCUGAGUUGGGUUGAUUCCCCUGAAAAAGGCCCAUGUUUCUGAUUUACCACCGUGUAUAGCCAAGUCUCAGUCAGUUUGUAUACUUUAUCAUGGAGUAUAUGCUAUUGGUUUUGAUGA